UUAAAAUACGGGAUGAAUACCAUACGGCCUUGCGGCUGCAAGGGUGUACGGACCUGUCUCACCUGCGAGCAGGACUUUCGGAUAGAAAAACCCUCGCUGCAACAGCAAUUUCAACAGCUGGAGCCUUGGUCUUAUUGCACGCAAUGCCAAUGCCUGUACGCCGGCUGGGACGUCGGCGCGGUGCAGUCCCAACACAAUGCGCACGAUAAAUCCAAGGGAUUGGCGCUUCCCGGCGUGCUGGUGCAGGAGCAGUUUCUGAGCGAACAUGAGGGCGCGCAAUUAAUGCGCGACUUGGAUGCCCUGCCUUGGGCAGUCUCGCAAAGUGGGCGCCGCAAGCAAAACUUUGGCCCCAAAACGAACUUUCGGAAACGAAAAUUACAGUUGGGUGCAUUCACAGGAUUCCCGGCCAGCACGCAAUACGUGCAGCAGCGUUUUGCGAAUGUGCCGCUGCUACACAACUUUCAGACUAUCGAGCAGUGCUCGCUGGAGUACGAGCCCAGCAAAGGGGCGAGCAUAGAUCCCCACGUGGAUGAUUGCUGGAUAUGGGGGGAACGUGUGGUCACUGUCAACUGCCUUGGCGAUGCUGUACUGACGCUGACAGUCUAUGAACCACAGCAGGUCAGCAAAUACAAUUUAGAUCAAGUCCGAGAAUAUGAGCAGAGCUUGCUGGCGCCGCUGCUGCCCGAGCGCGAAUUGGCGGCUUACAAAGGGAAAGUGCUUCGCAUACCAAUGCCCAAUCUGUCGCUCAUUGUUCUCUAUGGCCCCGCACGCUAUCAAUUCGAACACGCAGUGCUGCGCGAGGAUGUGCGAGAGCGACGUGUUUGCAUUGCCUACAGAGAGUUCACGCCCAUGUAUAUUGAUGGCAAGGAUAAGCCGCAGGGCGAUGGUGUGCGAGCGAAAUCUAUGGUGUUUUGGCGAGUGCCAGAGUCAAUAAACGUGCAAUGAAGUUUGGCUUUAAUGGGCUUUAAAGUUGGUGCUAUUUGCAUUGAGAUAAUGCUGCGUUCCAAGCUACUGAGUCUGCUGCCACGUGCCGCCGAUGCCACAAGAUGCAUGUC